AUGCCAAAAGACGCUGCUCCUGAUGUGAUGCCCGAAUUGGGUCGCAAUCAUUUAUUCGAUUUGACAGGAAAAGUUGCACUUGUAACAGGAGGUGCAACCGGAAUCGGAAAGAUGAUAGCAGGUGCUUAUUUGAGAAAUGGAGCAAAAGUUUACAUUGCUUCUCGUAAACUUAAUGAUUUACAACGUCAAGCCGAACAAUUAAGUAAACUUUCACCUGAUCAAAGUAAAGGUCCAGCUUGCAUUCCUCUCGAAGCUGAUGUUGGUACAAAAGCAGGUUGUGAUAGCUUAGCCGCUCAACUCAAAAAGCAUGAAGACAGAUUGGAUAUCUUGGUCAACAAUGCAGGCUUAACUUGGGGAGCACCAAUGGACGAUUUCCCUGAAGAUAAAGGAUGGGAUAAAACGUUUGCUUUGAAUGUUAAAUCUCAAUUUUAUCUUACCGUUGCUUUAUUGCCCUUACUCGAAAAGGGUAAAUCUAACGUUGAACAUGGUACUGUGAUCAAUAUCGCAUCCGUUGCUGCUUUCAAUCCGAUUGCUGAGAACGGCUUGGCUGCUCCAGGUCAUGGUACUUGGUCUUACCAACCGUCAAAAGCUGCUUCCGUGCAUCUCACUCGUACAUUGGCAGUCUCUUUGGCCGAACGAUUCAUUCUUUGCAACGCCAUCUGUCCUGGUGUCUUCCCCAGUAAGAUGACGGCAUACGGACUACAGGAAAACAAAGAUUUGCUUGAAGGAAUCCAACCAACAGGUCGCUGUGGAACACCAGAGGAUAUUGGAGGUCUCGCCCUCUUCUUGGCUUCUCGAGCAGGUGCACAUAUGACCGGUAACGCUUUAGCACUCGAUGGUGGUCAGAAUAUGCAAUUCAUGGCAAAGAUGUAA